GGGGCAUCCGGGAAUGCUGGCCCAGCUCAGACUGCUGCCCCGGGCGGGAGGGGGAAGGGAGGAGAGAAGUGAGGCGCUGGAAGGGGUGGGGACGGCGGGGCUGGCCCAGGCGGGACCGUGCACCGGGAGUGCGCGCUACGUCGGGGCAGCGGGACAGAGCCCAGGGCGCGCGGGGACUCUGCGACUGCCUCGCUCCUCCCGCUGCAGCCAUGACGGAGAACUCCGACAAAGUUCCCAUCGCCCUGGUGGGGCCUGAAGACGUUGAGUUUUGCAGUCCCCCGGCGUACGCCACCGUGACGGUGAAGCCCUCCAGCCCCGCGCGGCUGCUCAAGGUCGGGGCCGUGGUCCUCAUCUCGGGGGCGGUGCUGCUGCUCUUCGGGGCCAUCGGGGCCUUCUACUUCUGGAAGGGGAGCGACAAUCACAUUUACAAUGUCCAUUACACUAUGAGUAUCAACGGGAAAUUACAAGAUGGGUCAAUGGAAAUAGAUGCUGGGAACAACUUGGAGACCUUUAAAAUGGGAAGUGGAGCUGAAGAAGCAAUUGAAGUUAAUGAUUUCCAGAAUGGCAUCACGGGAAUCCGCUUUGCUGGAGGAGAGAAAUGCUACAUCAAAGCGCAGGUGAAGGCUCGUGUUCCUGAGGUGGGCACCGUGACCAAACAGAGCAUCUCCUCGGAACUGGAAGGCAAGAUCAUGCCAGUUAGAUAUGAAGAAAAUUCUCUUAUCUGGGUGGCUGUAGAUCAGCCGGUGAAGGACAACAGCUUCUUGAGUUCGAAAGUCUUAGAACUCUGUGGCGACCUUCCUAUUUUCUGGCUUAAACCAAUAUAUCCAAAAGAAAUUCAGAGAGAAAGAAGAGAAGUGGUAAGAAAAAUCGUUCCAACUACCACAAGAAGACCACGCAGUGGGCCACAGGGUAACCCAGGCCCUGGCAGACUGAAUAAUGAAACUAGACCCAGUGUUCAAGAGGACUCAGAACCUUACAACCCCGAUAAUCCCUACCAUCAGCAGGAAGGAGAAAGCAUGACAUUUGACCCUAGACUGGACCACGAAGGAAUCUGCUGUAUAGAAUGUAGGCGCAGCUACACCCACUGCCAGAAGAUCUGUGAACCCCUGGGGGGCUAUUAUCCAUGGCCUUAUAAUUAUCAAGGUUGCCGUUCAGCCUGCAGAGUCGUCAUGCCAUGUAGCUGGUGGGUGGCCCGUAUCUUGGGCAUGGUGUGAAAUCACUUCAUAUAUCAUGUGCUGUAAAGUGAGAAUUAACUGAAGAGACAACCAAAGAAACAUGAGGCAUGUUGGUGCCGAAGGGAUCACAAAGUAUUUUUAUGACUCAACCUAAGCAAUGUUAUCCUAGGAUAUUUCUCAAUUGCUUUCCAGAACUUUAUUAUGUGCAAAUGUACUGAAAGGGUAGUUUAAGUCUAAAAUGCCAUAAUAAUUCUUUUAUUAUUUGCCAUUUUUUAUUUGCUUUGCCUUGCCAGUAAGGCCUGCUUAUAAGUGUUCCCAAGCUAUUUUGAAAUAAAGGUGAAAAAUUAUUCACAAUUUGUCAAAGAUCUCAAUUGUACACUUGAGUUUCCUUUAAUCAUCAUGACCAAAAUAAAGUUCUGUAAUUUGUACAGAA